UAGCCAUGAAUGUCAUCAACAAGCCAAAAUACUGAUUCGAAACCCUGUACGGUCCGAGGUUAUCUAUGUUGAGUAUAAAUGGGUUUGCUUCAAGCUUCUUCCAUUGUUGAAUUAUUCGAUACCCACUGACUUCAAGCAACUUUUUCUGCUACGACAGUCAUGAGCUCAGUGCCCUAUACGAUUCCACAGGACAUUGAGAGCCCGUACAAUUAUGUCCCUACAGAGUGGAUCUGUGUUUCUUUCGUGGUGUUGUAUAGUAUUUCAACUGCCAUCCAUAUGGUCCAGGCGCUCAAAUAUAAACUCUGGUGGAUGAUUCCCACAGCGACCUUUGCGGGCAUCCUGGAAGUAUUUGGAUGGAGUGCCAGGUUAUGGUCGAGCCAGAGUCCUGAGCUUUUGACGCCUUUUGAGAUGCAGCUCGUCGGCACGGUCCUAGCACCCACUCCACUGGUUGCAGCUAACUUUGUUAUCCUUGGCAAAAUAACCAAUCAAUUUGGAUCCCAGUUCAGCCGUCUGACCCCGAAUAUGUAUACCGUGGUUUUUUGCUCAUUUGAUGCUAUAUGCUUGAUCGUACAAGCUGUCGGAGGCGCAUUAUCCGCACAAGCCGUUAAUGAGAACAAAGACCCCGCAUUGGGCGGGAACAUUAUGUUAGGAGGGAUUUCUGCUCAACUUUUUGCUAUAUUUGUCUACAUCAGUUUGGCGGCCGAGUUUUUCUUGCGUCGGAUAUACAAUACACCCUUCUGCCACCAGACUAUGAAAUUCGGGGAAGACCACCUCGCUAUGAGUAAACAUGUGCAUCGCAUGAUUUUUGGAAUGAGCUUGUGCACCAUCUGCAUUUUCAUUCGAUCCGUGUACCGCACAGUCGAGCUCGCCGAUGGGUGGUUCGGGGUAGUGAUUGCGAAUGAGUCCUACUUCAACUGGUUCGACGGGGGUUUCGUCGUCGUCGCUAUGUAUACUCUCAACAUUAUUCACCCAGGUAUAUAUUUGAAGUGAGAUGAUGCUGUUCAUACUUCACUGCGAGACCGAGACGAAGACGAAUGUCAAUUCAAUCAAAAUUAUACAUUUUGAGACAUAUAUUGUAAAUAGUUCCACUGCAAGUUGUUGCUAGUACGUAGUGGCACAGUCACGAUUUGAUGUGGUGUACCAUUUACUCCAUGCACUGCGGCUGUAUCUCUGCAAUGUUGAUGUUUUGAUAUCCUACAGUCAUUCGGAAUUCCACGCAGAGUUCUUCCGGUUUGAAAAUUCGCAGAAGUCAGUGAAUGGUCC